AUGAACGACGCACUAUCCAACGCCGUAACUUCUGCUCCCGCACCGGAGGCCCGCAAGGACCGCUACCGCGUCUCCAGUCUUCUGGUCAAGAAGAACGGCAUGACGGACGAGGAGUUCUUCACCUAUUGGCGCGACGUACACGGCCCCCUCUUCGCGGGUCUGGAGAUCGUGAAGAAGAACCUCAUCAAGUAUGAGCAGGUGCAUUACAAUAACGCCUUCGAGAAGGGCGUCUUGGCCAACGGCUACGCCGUCCCAGAUUUCCAUGGGAUCGCUGUCUUCGAGGCAGAGUCCUUCGAGAAGAUCCUUGAGAUCUUCGACAGUGAAGAGUACAAGCGCACGGUCUUCCUGGACGAGGACAAAUUCAUCGAGCGCAGCAAGUGUGUGUUCUGCCCCGGCUCCCUGGUUCCAUAUAUUGGCUAG